GUGAAUGAUAAUAAUGGCCGAAAUGAUCAGCAUUUUGAAGGAGAUUUAAAGGAAAUAGAGACAUAAUAUGUUUUGCAAGAAAAAAAACUAAUAAUAUCCUUUGUUGAAAUGAUGCACAAAAUUCCACUUUAUGAAUUGUAUACAUGCUAUUUGAAUAUCAUUGAAUCUGACAAACUUUUUCUAAAAGUGCUGCAAACGUAUAUUUUAUGUCUGAUGUCUACACAUUAUCUCUGAAUAAGAAAGACAACAGCUGAAUAUAGUGUGUGUAAAACAUUAUGGUGUUUUGAACUGCAAGAACAAGAUCGCAUCCAUAUUUGGAUAGCUAGCAAUGUCGGAAUUCAUGGACUUUGAUGUCUUGAGCGGCAAUGAAUUCCUUGCCAAGGAACUUAAAGCAUAUUCUUCUAAUCCUGAUUUGCUGUUUUUCACCAGUUUCGGAUUGGACGAUAUGCGAGCUAGGUCUCAACCAGUCGCGGGAUUUAUCGUCCCGUAUAAAUGUUACGAGCUUAGAAAAUUGGAGAAAUUGGACCGUAACAGGAUGCGUAUACGCAAGGGUGGCCUGCGGCUGAGUCCCAACGAGGAGGCUCAGAUUGUGCGAGAGGAGACUGAGAAGCGGCGCAGGCUGCGCAUCCAGCAGGUCCGUGAGCAGAGCAAGGAGAACGCAGCCAAGAUACGGCACGCCGUGAAACAGGAGAAACACAAACAGCUCAUGAGACUGGCAACAGAUAUCAAGGAUCAGCUGGAGGCAGAGAAGGCUGAGCGGGUGCGCCAUCUAGAGCAGCAGUAUGACAACAGCCUGCGCAACAUCGGCGUGGGUCACAAGUCUGCUGGUCAGCAGCCUGACUAUGCUGAAGAAAAGGCUCUGGUACAACAGGAGGAGAACCUGCGGGCGGAGGCUCGAGGUAGGGCUGCGGCAGAGCACCACCGACAGGAGGCCGCGCAGAGGAACUUUGAGGCACAGAAACACGUCAUAGCUAGGCAGGAGGCCCUGGCAAUAGAGAAGGCCCGGGCGUCCCAGAUUGCUGCCAUGCCUGCCCCUCCCCCUGACCCAGUGGCCAAUGUCAUCUUGCCCAAACCUAAGCCAGUUAAGGUGACAGAUAUGCACACAUUUUCCACCAGCCAUUACCAUCUGCAGAACGAACAUGCAGUGGACAGGGCGGAGCCAAAUGAACAGCAGAGCAGUGCCCGCGAAGCCGCUGAGAUGGAACAAGAACGGAUCCGAGAGCGAGCGCUGGAACUAAAGAGACUGCGGCAGGAUCAACUGGAGCGCGCCAGACUGCGCCACAAUGCAGCGUUGGAGAAAGAGCUACUGAAACAUGACUAUGACAAUAUCCUCCAUGAUCUGAGUGACCUUCAGCGUUCAGACAGAGAGCGAAGACUGAAAAUUGUGCACAAUAUACCAAAACAAGUGUUUGAGCCGCCCCACAUACGUAUGGAGGACCGGGAGGAGAGGCAGCGCAACCUGGAGGAGCAGUUUGAAGACAUGUACAUGGCCGGUACCCGGCGCCUAGGAGACGUGAGCAUGGCUCUCGAGUCAGGACCUUUGAUUCCAAGUCAGGAGAACUCACUGGAUGUAACGGGCCAGGACGGGAUGGGAAACGGCGAGACUAGGACGCCGAUAAGGGAGCCGACUCUGCCUGGAAUGCCCUCUGUGCUGCAGGACAUGACCAAUGUGCCAAAACAACGGAAACAGCCAGAGAAGGUGCUGCGUAGCCUCAUGGAUCGUAUCAAGUCGCAGCGGGAGGAGUGGGUGAACACCCGCGCCCUGGGUGAGGUGGGAGAGAGUCCGGUGUACCCGACCUUGAACCAGGCUGGGGACAAUCAGUCACCUGCUAUUAAUGGGGAUGGUGACUUUCACCCCUUGUUGCCUGAAGAGUCCCCAGAGAAGCAGCGAAGAGUUCAUUCCCCUGUUGCUACAGACAACGGAGGCAGUAGGAAAAUUGCACCUUCAAAAGGAGAGCAGACAAGGGAGAGAAUCACAGCCAUGCGUCCAGAUGGAUUCUCAGACACACUCUGGGCUACCAAUCAGCGACAGCAAACAAAUGUGCAGUUUUAUCCUGAGCCCACUCAGAUGCCCAGCAUGCCCUCUCAGCUGCAGCAGAUAGAGUAUGCAGAGAUAUGCAAGCAGCAGGAGAUUAUCUUAGAGCAGAAGCGCCAGUUGGAACUUCAGCUCCAGAAGUUGACCUAUGAGCAGCAGAAGCUGCAGCUUGCCAACCAGGCAGGUACCCAGCAGACACCACCACCACCAUCAUCAUACGCUGUAUCGGCACCAGGGUCCGUUGCCAUGACGAUGCCAACAUUGUCGUCUGCUGCUAUGCAAAUGCCUGCACCAGGGUCUUACGCUACAUCAAUGCCAACAACUGCACCAGUUUCCAUGGCUGCACCUGUCUCUGAGACUCGCAUGCCCACAGCUCCCGCAUUUGAACCCCAGACUUCACAACCGUAUGUUCAGACUUUUCAGCCCUGGCAAGGUGCUCAGCCGAUUGGUUUUGAAUCGUUGCAGAAUGGACACAUGCCAGUGUCCGGAUAUUUUCCCAUGAUGUCUAUGCCCCAGCCACACUCUUUCCCGCAGCAGGCGUCACAAUUUCAGGGUCACCAUGGUGUUGCCAUGCAACCUGGCCUGCAUCAGAACUUGAAUGGGAGUUUGUCAUCCUCUGGUAUGUCACAGAAUCCGAUGCACUCCAUACCUCCCACUGCCACUACAGGCAGUGCUCCAAUAAACACUUCUCAAGGUCAAGGGGUCAAUUCUUAUCUGGGUCAAGGUCAAAUACGGUCUGCAUACCAACCACCAUCAGCGGUACUGACAACUGACCAGCUUGCCACUUCUUCCAGUCAGAUGUACCCUGUCUCUGCUCAAAAUGGCUACCACUAUGGGGCACCAGUUGCCACAACAACGAGUUCAUUUGCCCCAGUUUCCACGGCAACUUCUCUUCAAGGUCACACUGCAGUGUCACCAGGUCACAUUCCACCGAGUUCUCUAACAAAUGCGGGGAUGAGUGAGCAGAUGAGAAAAGUGAAGGAAUACCAAGAGUACUUGCUAGCUAGACACGAGCAAAGUAAAAAGGUCCUUGAUGAAACGAAAGCAGAAAUUAAACGCAGACGCGAUAACUUGCUCGAGAGGUAUCCAAACUUGGAUUUGACAAGACUGGAAGGCCUAGGAGCAAAGUACUUGGAGAACGGAGACAUUCCACAACAAACAUCAGUGGCUCAUACAAAAGGGCAAACAGGAAAAGAUCCAGCAGUCCCAGUUCCUGUACCAAGGGGCUUUGGCCAAGGUCAAGGUCAAACAUCGGUUGCCUCCCUCUUGGCUUCAUUGGCCGCACAUCCAUACUAUGCUGCAACACUAUCACAACCUGAUCACGAUACUUCUGGCAGACCCUCUUCUAUGAUGACGGCAACUGUUGGCACUGUCCAGAUAAAGGGAGGAAUUCCGGCUGGUCUGGAUCUCAAUUCGGAAACAAACCUCAGGAAAAACAAGUUUGAGUCCAUCCGAAAGUCAUUGCCUUUCGAAGGUGACGAGUCGUUGGUUCAAAAUGAAUCGUUCCCUGAUAGAGUUUAUGAUGCUUACACCCAGAGGAAUCUUGACAUGACUGACACUACGGACAGCACAGAGAGUGACGUAUCAUCAUUGACGGAAAAGGGAAGCCCAGCGCUGAAACUGGCCCCUAAACCGGCCCCGCGGAAUACGGAAGCGAGUCGGAAACGUUCCCACGACAAAGCUGAGCGAUCAAGUGCGACUACUGAAGAGUCGGAUAUUAACACUUCAACUAGUUUCACGUCUGGGAGUGAGGGGGACGUGUCGAUGUUGCGACAGGACGAACUUCAUAAACAACUGGAAGAUAUACAGCGCCAGAAAGAGGAAAUCAUUCGGAGACAUCAGCAAGGACAGCAGAGUCUACGGAGUAAGGAAGAAGACUUGAAGGCUAAGCUGGCCUCCCUUGCUCCCGAGGAGUUGGCAAGGCAGUUGAGAGAUACUGCCAAACAACAGCAAUUGCAAGACAUGUACCCAACCAAUCUACGCCAGCCGUUCAACCUGUCUACGAUCAUGGAGGUGGAGACCCCAUCUUCCAGCGCCCGACCAUCAGACGGCCAUUCCAGUGACCCCAACGACCUCUCCCAGUACUCAAUGCAAUCCCAGAAGUCACAGCGCUCGCUGGAUUACUCGCAGUCGAAGAGUUCCGAGAGGAUUCCAGAGGAGCCUGACAUGGAGAAUGUUCACACACAGAUGGAGGCUCUGAGGAAAGGGAAGUCAGAGCACGUUGCAGAUUACAGUGGUCGAAAUAUCGAGGACGUGUUGGAGCGUGCCAAGCGCUUUGAGAGUGAAGUCUUGGAGAAGUUACGUAAGCAGACGAACGCAGUCCUGUUUGACAACGGAUUUGACGACUCUUUGGAGUUCAGUGUGAGCAAGAAAGAGACGUCAAACCAGUCUCUGUCCACUGGAACCCUGACGGAUGAUUCUCUGUCUACUGGACCAUUAGAUGAAACCAGUCUGAGUAGGCAGACAGACACCAAAUCAGCCAACGGGAGUUUCCAGAAUUCUAAAUCCUGGGCAGCUGAACUCUCCCAGUUCAAAAUACCAGCAUCCGACCAAUCAGAAUUACCCUUCAAAGUCAUUCCUUCAAAAGUGCCCCAAGCCUCUACGGAUGACCAAAACACGAUGUUCACAACCAACCGGUUCAAGAUUUACUCCGCCAUCAAUCAAUCCGGUUCAGGAGCCUCGCUUUCAGAGUCGAGCUUAAUGGACGAGUCGGGGAGCAUGAAUGCCAACGACAUGAUGGUCCACUUAAAGACGCUGCAAGACCAGAUUCGACGGAGCGAGGAGGAACGCGUGAUGCUCACUCGAAAAUUGGCAGAACAGCAGAAGAACUCAGAAAAUCAGUCAAAAAGUUUGUCACAGUACUCUGGGGAAAGUAGCCACGAGGUGUCGCGGCCAUUUAUGAAUGGGCCCAGCAAGAAUGAUGGCAACAAGAGUGAUUUGUCCCAGUAUUCUUUAACAGAUAAAUCAGCUGACGUUUCCUUUUCCGGUAACUACCAAUCAGAAACAAGCAAAGACAGGUUUGAAUCACCCGUCCAAUCUGGAACAACCUGUAGGGAGCUCCCAGUAAGGCGUUCUCCGAUUGGUCACACUGCUACGGAGGCUCCCAAAGUUUUGACCAAUCAGAGGGGGGUUCAGGACCAGACUGGGACAGAGUUCUCAUUCAUGAUGUCCAGCAGUAAGCAGCAGCGAUCUACAUCCACUCCUGGUGACGACAGGAGGAAAUCUGCAAUGAAUGGAACAAAUCGAUCAGAACUUCCAUCAGAAAUCACCGUAGGAGACAAGACAGACGGAUCUUCUGUUAAUCCGCAAAGCAGAAACUUUGAUACCAAUUCGGCAACAGGUUCCCGCUCUUUCCACAUGAUUGGCGAGGACUCUUUUUCGAAUCGUAGAAGUUUUGAGACCAUGCUGCCCGAUGGCCAUGACAAUAGUGCUAACGGAGAACUGUCCCAGCAUUCAUUGAGUGCCGAGGAAAACAUACGGGAGAUCAAAAAGGAAUUCGAUAGACUCGACAAAGCUUCUCAGAAAAUUAAGACAUUCGCAGUUUCCAAGGAUGGGGAAUUGAUAUCAGAAAACAGCGAUUCAGACAAGUCUCACUCCGUUGAACAUUUGCAAGAGACUGACCUGACCAACUAUACGCUUUCCACUCAGGAUAACACUGAUAAGUUCACCAAAAGUGAAGACUUUCAAAGUAAACUGAGUGUCUAUACUCUUCCGGAAAGUUCUGCGGAAUCACGUCUUUCUCAGGUGUCUGAUUUUUCGCAUAAAAGUUCAGGGAAAAGCGACUCCUGGGGUUCGAACCCAAAGUCUUCCUCCUUCACAACGGUCACUUCAGAUACUUCUCUGAAUGGGACUGGGUUGUCGACUCUUAGCCAGUAUACUUUGGGCGACUCAAAAGCAGGUGACACACAGAAACCGGGUGUGGAGAAUGAAAACUAUAUGCAGGAAAAGUUUGCUAGUUUAGACAAUCUCAUUAGUGAGUCCAAAAACCUCAUAGCGCGUCAUAAACAGAUUAUUGACAAGGGUAAAAGCCUAGAGGAGGUGAAGCCCAAAUUUCCUGUUUCUGCACCACCGCCGUUACCAAAACAACCAGCCCCCUGGGAGAGCCUUGGAAAACCCCUUACUGGUGGAGAAAGUGGGUCAAAACAGAUUCAGAAUAAAGAAACUACUCUACCUACAAUAAAAGAGUCAAAGCCGGAAAAGAAGACUUCAUCUGCGCCAACCAAGUUUGAUCUUCAUGGUCCAAAACCAUUUUACAAGAGUGCCAAAUCUGCAGAGGAAAGUUCAAGGUCGUUGUCCAUGUAUACCAGUCAGGCUGGUUCCAUUUCAACUCCGGAAACAAGCAAAAACCAGUCUAACAAUGUUGAUGUGAACAGCCUUGAAUAUCUGGUUGAAAACAGUGCAGGGAUUACGGACGAGACAAUUCCAGACUUGAGUACGAUGACCUUGGGCUCGGAACUGUCAAUCACCGAGGCGUUCAGUAAGACGGGGGAUAUGAACGAGAGCAGUGACUCCCUCAACUCUUUCGAGAAACACGAGAUGUCGGAGGCAGAGUCAUCCCAUAAUUAUGAUGACGAUGGCCUCAGAGUGGAUUCUUCGAGAGCAGACAACCUUCAACAGAUUAUAGAGGCCAGGAAACACAACUUUAUGGUUCAAAGUGAACGGAGAGCAGCGGCUGCUAAAGAACGUGCACUGGGACAGCGUGUAUCCAAGGACAACGACCACCAGCUGUUCCGAGCUGUUCCUGUGAGCAUUGUCGCCGAGCCUACCCUGUCGAUGGCAGUCAGCUCCAGCAAGGCGGAAAGAGGGAGAUCUCCAACAAAGAGUCCCAGACGAGAAAAGCCGGCUGGUUCUAGUGACCGCAAAAGUAUAUUGGAGGCUAAAGAAAAAGAAGAAAAAGAUCAUAAACUGGCAACCACAGCUACGGCAGCGACAUCAGUGUCUUCAAAGUCGCUGAAUAGAGCUCUGCAGCCAAGAGGUUCUGAAAGUCCCCGACCAAAAGACAGCGGGACAGAUCCCAGCGAGUCAGGCUCUCGGGCCAAGGAUCAUGGGAAAUUCGGAUUCGGAAGUUCGUCGAAACUUUCCCUCCGAGAGUCAUCACCAUCUCCGAACUCAUCAUCAGAGGAACGAGCCCAUCAUGGGAGACUUUUUGGUGAGAUUCAGCAGUUUGGCGGGUCUGCUGGCCUUGCUGCAAGGCAGUCACCCUCGCCCUCACCACCGACAGCUAGAAAAACUCCGCCUAAAGUCAUGCCUAAACCAGUGCGGAAGAAGUCAGACGAAGCUCCACCAGUUUCGAAACCCAUUUCCCAAUCCAGCGCAGGUGCCUCGGGCCUUUCUAAGACUUUGUCAUCAUGGAAGAAGAGUAGAGCUGUGUCAGCUCCUCCUGUUUCCAGAUUGCUUGACUCCAGUCAACAGCACGAAACCCUCAAAAACUCAAUCAAAGUACUCCCAGAGGAGGCUCCAGUACCCCUGACUGAAGAGGAACGCAGGAAGAAAGCUGAGGACGAACUCUACGAGAAGAACAUCAGGAAUUACAAUCCGCGCUUGUUUAGGUUGCAACACAAGCUCGACACAACUGACGAACAAGACACGUCAAACAACUCUGUCACAUCAUCAUCUGACAGGACAAGGGAUUCAAAGAAGCCGAGUCUAAUACCAGUGAAGAAAAAGUAGUAUGCUCAGUUUGCGUAUGCAGACUAAGAUCUGUAAACAGAUGGAAUCCCCAGAUAACCUGAGAAAGCAACGACGCUAAACUUUCAGGGCGACCUUGUGGGUGAAAAAAAUGUCAGCCUGCAAAUGAAACAAGUUUCGGCCUGCACAUGAAACAAGUUUUGGCCUGCAAAUAGAAUGUUUGAGCCUGUGACUACAACAAGUUUCUCCAGAUUACUUAUACCUAUAUUGCUACUGUUAGUUUUGAUAUUAUUUAGUUUGAGGAUUUUCACUAUGGGUAGAUUCUGCAAUGGAAUUAGGCUUAAUACAAAGUAGAUAGCAAACUUAAGUUAUUUCACUAAAGAAAUGCAAACACAUGUUUACAUAUUAAAAAGAAUGUUAACUGGUGUUAAAACUUUGAAAUGGUGAUGGUUCUAAAAGCAUCUAAUAACUGUCAUUCAAAACAUAUAAAUGCAGAAUAUGGUGUGAAAUAAGCCAAUCGAAUUUGCGAGGAAUUGGUUAAUUUAAGAUGUUUAUACAGCUCUGUAUAUAUGUUUUUUAUUUAAAAAAUGUUUCACAAAGCCUAAACAUGUACCUUACUUUUAUUUUAUUUCAUACUUCACAUAGUACAUUAUUAUUUGUACUGGAAAUUGAUGUAUAAGGUAAUUUUAAUGUUUAGUUACAUACAUAUUCUUAACGUUAUGGAAUGGUUUAUAUUAUAUAGAUUUAAGUUUUGUUGUCAUUUUAUAUGAUACAUUCUUCACUAAAACUAUUUUGUUUUUCACAAUAAUUAUACACUAUAAAUAUUUGUUUGUAAAAUACAUGGUUGCCAGAGCUCCAGAUAAGGGUCGUAUUUUCGUAAUUACGAAUUAUUUUCAAGUCCGUUACGUAUUUAUUUUAAAAUCUUGUUGUACCAUUAAGAAUUACAAAAUCAAGUUACGAAUAUUAUUUUUACAUCAGUUCAUAUCGAUUUUUAUUGAGAUC